GUUUCAGUGACAAAGCAGCAGUGACGAUGCACUCGACGGAGAGCGCUGUGGUGAAACACAGUAGGUUUGUAAGUGUGAAGUUUCUCGAUGCAUUCUUACACAUCACUUGCAAACAUCUCACACAUCAAUCUGCUGCAUUACUUCCUCACACAGCAGUGGAAGAGACCAGAGGAUAAAAAUCACCAUCCUCCAUAAGCCAAGCUAUUGCGCUGCGUCUACUCAGUCUUACCUAUACCACAUUGUAGCAGUCUCUAGGCUAGACCGCAGCUUCCGGCGGCGCUUUCGCGUGGAAUACUGUGUGCGCUUGCAGUCAGCCCAGCUUGCUAUAGAAGACGCGCAGUAAGGCAUGUAUGCCCAAAACAUACUUCUUGUCGCCAGCCUUCUCUCUACGGCAUGGGCACAGUCAACAGCAGUCGUUACCAUCACAGCAAGCCAUGGAGGCGCCGGCAAUGGCUUGACGAACACAACGAUCUCCGUUCCGUUGAACUCGACAUACACCAAUGUAGCACUUGAUGAAGUCUCAUACCUCUACUUGACUGGCGCUAAUGGCGUACCGCUUGAGAGCAUCACAUGCACGCCAUACCGAUACGCAAACGGGACCGGAAAUGCUGGGCUACCCUUCACCAGCAGCAAGCCAUCAUUACUGUCAACCAAUACCGUCCAGGUAGGCUCCUUGAUCUGCACUGCUAUUGUUUCCACGGCGCCUGGUGGCGGCAGCAUAAGCAGCAGCAUAUCGACCACGACGUCAAGGUCAAUACCAUUGUCGAGCUCAAGCACAAGUCCUAGCUCAGUAUCAAGUUCGACCACGACUACAAGCGCCUCUACAGCCCCGAGCUUAACCGGGAGCUCCGUCUCAACGACCCCAACGAGCACAUUGCCGUAUGUGGCGCCAAUUGUGAGUAUUCCGCCGCACCAUGCUCACCGUUCGUUUUCUCAGCUUUGGGCAAGCCAUCAAGCGCGAUGGACUCGCAUUCGAAAUGCUGACCAGAUGCUAGGCAUCGCCGGUAAGCAGCAGCUUUGCUACUACACUAGCGACAACCAGCACUGCCUCAGCUUCUCCAACCACAUCAAGAACGUCUUCCACAGUGGUAACGUCGAAUACCGUUGUCAGCUCGCCGUCUCCAGCAAGUACGACUGUGGUAACGGCUCCCACAGCGGGUCCACAAGGGUACACCAUGCUCACCACGGUCACGGCAGGUGGUGCGUCAGGCGUGUCACGUGGAACGACAUACGUCACGACAAUCAUGCCCGCUUCAGGCCAGUCUGGCACUACGUCUACUUCACUUCCAAGCGCCGAAGCGGCCGGAGUCUCGACUAGUGCCACUAGUGCAGCGGCUGCACUUGUGACGACAGGUACCGCAGCUGUUGUUAUGCCGGUAGGUGGGAGCGCUUGGCUUGCGGUGGCGAUGGCGGUGAUUGGUGUGGCGAUAGCUGUAUGAGACAUGGCAAAUUACAGUCGUAACCUUUGCUUAGUGGCUUGCGACUGGAAAAUC